AUGGCCGACCUGCCAGCCUACCCGGAGGAGGUCUUGCCCAGCCCAGCAGCGGCAGCAGCGGCAUCAGGAGAGGGUGCAGCGGACGACAUGCCGCUGCUGACGGAGAGGAAAUCCAGCGUCACCAUCCCCAUCACGCCCCUGCCCAUCACCCUGCAAGGGAGUGAAGACAUCCAGGAGCAUGCUGAAGAGAUGACUGAGCCACAGCCUGAGGCUGAGGCUGACGAAUCAGCCUUUGCUACCGCAGAGAGCAACGGGAACGGGGAGGAAGCUGAAGGGUCAGCGGCCUGUACCUCCUUCGAUGCUGGCGAGACAGAGGUCCAAGAGGAUGCAGAUUGUGAAGAGGAUGGCGGUGAGCUCCUGUCCCAGCUGAGCCAUGGUGCCAGCGGGGCCCUGGCCGGACCGGGGCGGCAAUGUGUGGAGGUCGCGCAUGAGGGCGGCGCAGAGGACGGGGCCACCGCAGCAGCACAGGGCGGGCCUGGCCCACAGCCCAGCGCUGGGGGGAGUGAUGGUGACCAGCGGGCUGAAGCUGGCCAGGAGGACUCGGGGUCUGAGACCUACACCAGCGACGGUGACGACGACGACGGCUACAUCACGACGGCCGCGGCCUUUGGGCACCGCACGUUUGCAGAGAGCCUCACCAUCCACGUCAGCGAAAUGGAGAGGGCAAGGGACGCGGCGCUGGCCGAGGCGGCCCCCCGCGUGUCUGCCCGCGACAUCGGCACCACCCUUGCGGCGCAGGCUGUUGGGCCCCUUGACCUCAAGGUCCACGUCAGCGAGCUGGAGCGGGCACGGGACGAGGCCCUGGCGGAGGCCGCGCCCCGCGUCUCGGCCCGGUCGCGGGUGGAAGAUGGCCUGGAGCGGGUGCACUACAUGGUCUGCAACCCCCUGCCCAAGGAGGUGCACCAGAUGAUCCCGGCCAAGGCCACAGCUGGGCGGCGGGUGGUCAUCAUCGGCGAUGUGCAUGGCUGCCUGGAGGAUCUGCACCUCCUGCUGGAGAAUGUGGCCGAGCCCAAUGACCUCAUCAUCUGCACGGGAGACAUCACCGGCAAGGGCCCCGACGUGCUCGACACGCUGAAGACGGUGCACGAGAUGGGCAUCCUGUCGGUGCGUGGCAACCACGACGACCGCGCAGCGGGGUACUGGCACCGCUGGAGCCUGCACGGGGAGAACCCCUCCGACCCCGAGUUCGACUGGGUCAAGGACCUGGAGCCGGCGGUGGGCGACUUCCUCCUCAACCUGCCCUUCACCAUCAGCCUGGAGGCCUACAACGUGCUGGUGGUGCACGGCGGCUUGCUCCCCGGCGUGCCCCUGGCCUGCCAGGACCUGGCGGUCAUGUACACCAUCCGCUUCGUGGUCCCCGCCCGCCCGCCCCCCUUCGGCUCCUUCUCCUGGGCGCUGGAGCGGCGCAUGCUGGCCGAGGCGGUGCGCAGCGGGCGCAUCACCGUGCCGCCGGCAUACCAGCUGGAGGCGCGCGAGCGGCCCGACUGGAAGGAGGGCCGGCCCUGGGGCGGGCAGUGGCAGGGGCCGCAGCACGUCAUCUUCGGCCACGCCAGCAGCAGGAUGCUGCAGCUGGAGCCGUUUGCCACCGGGAUCGACACGGGGUGUGUGGGCGGCGGCUACCUCUCCGCCUGCAUCCUGCCGGCGCUGACGCGGGAGGGCGAGAUCGUGCCCGACACGCAUGCCCUGCCGCCCUUCCUGUACCAGCAGACCAUCCGCCUGCAGGACGGAGAGGGCCUGAGUGCACGCGUGUGCAUGCAGCCCUCCCUGCAGCCAGGGUUCCACGCCGGCAAGGAUGCAAAGGGCCAGCUGGAGUGA